AUGGUGAUUAUCGGUGCUGGUCGGAUAGGCCAGGCUUUCAUGCAAAUGGCUCCUCCUAAUAGCGCUCUGUUCCUGCCACGUGGCAUGCCCCUCCCAUCCCUGGUCCAGCUGUCGCCGCGCCAUUCGCAGGGGCCAAUCGUGGUGGCGACGCACAACUGCCACCUGGACGAUGUGCUGGCGCAGGUACGACGCUGUACGACGCCACUCCGUAUAGCCUGCGGGCGCAGGGGGGGGGGGUUGUUUCAUGGACAGGUGGUGUCAGGGGCAGGGGAUUCAUGUGUAGGGGCGUGGGGUGAGGUACGGUUCACAGAGGUGGAGCGUGGGUUAUGUCAGCCACAUGCUCUUUUGUGUGAGCUCUAUUAG